GUGAAAGUGAAAGUGUGAGGCUUGGGUGGAUCCUGUUUUACAGCUUUUGUUUAGUAUAGAAAAGUUUAAGCAACCGUCUUUAUCAUUUGUGUCAUCCUGUUGUGCCGCUUGCUCAAGAAGAAUUUGGAAACAGCACUUCUCUUCUUGGUCUAAUAGUUCUUCUUGAGUUGAAUUUUCUGAAGCAUAAAGAUGUCAUUUGAGGAUUACUGUGUAAUAACUCAGGAUGACCUGGAAGACCUUAAAGAGUCCAUAUCUACUCAAGAUCUCCCAUCAGCGAUAAACACGAUCAAAGAUUACCUCAAACAGCAAGAUCUUGUAGAACUUAAUAUUGGUGUGACGGGGGAGUCUGGUUCUGGGAAGUCUACAUUUGUCAAUGCUUUUAGGGGCUUAGGGGAUGAAGAGGAGGGCUCUGCCAAAACUGGUAUAGUGGAGACCACCAUGGAACCUGAGGUUUAUCCUCACCCAAACUACAAAAAUGUGAAAAUGUGGGAUCUGCCUGGCAUUGGAACACCAAACUUCAAAGCCAUAGAGUACCUUAAACUGGUUAAGUUUGAGCGCUAUGAUUUUUUCAUCAUCAUUGCUUCAGAUCGGUUUAAAGAAUGUCACACCCAGCUGGCCAUAGAGAUCAUGAGAAUGGGAAAGAAUUUCUAUUUUGUUCGUUCUAAGAUCGACGCUAGCAUUACUGCUGAGAAGAGAAAGAAGAACUUUGACCUGAAAAUGAUUCUGGAUACAAUAAAAAAAGAUUGUGCAAAUGGGCUGAAACAGAUUGGUAUUGAGAAUCCUGUCGUGUUCUUGAUAUCUGGCUGGGAGCUCGGCAAGUAUGAUUUAAAUCUGCUGGAGGAAAGAAUGGAGAAAGAGCUCGAUCAGCAUAAGAAACAUGUGCUGAUGUUGGCGUUGCCGAAUAUCACAUUGGAGAUUAAUGAGAAAAAGAAGAAAGCUCUUGAGGAGAACAUUGGAAGAGUCGCUUUCCUCUCUGCUUGUGUGGCUGCAAUUCCACUUCCUGGCCUCUCUAUUGCUGCAGAUGUAGCCAUCAUAGCAGAAGAGCUAAGAAAAUACUACAGUACCUUUGGUCUGGAUGAUCCAUCCCUGCAGAAGCUCUGUGAAAGAUCUGGGAAGACCGUAGAGGAACUGAAGAGUCUGAUGAAGUCGCCUCUACAUCAAGGGAUAAACCCAACUUCAGUAUUAACCUUGCUGGGUACUGCAUCUCUUCUUAUAUCAGAAGAUGCUGUUGAGUUCUUUGUGAGCCUCAUACCCAUUGUUGGCAGUGUGGUGGCAGGAGGACUGUCUUAUUUGACCGUCUCAAGAUUGCUGAAGAGAGCUCUGGAUGAUAUAGCAGAAGAUGCCAGGAAAGUGCUAAUGGCUUCACUAGAGACUGAAGUGUAAUCAAAGAUGUGUAAUUGGAAAGGCUUAAAGUACAUAACUGCCUCAUAUAUAUUCAACUGUAUUUAUAAUUAAACAGUUGUUAUAAAGGUUUACACUGUUCAGAUUUCUUUUUUACUCUGAAACAGCAUUUAUCUAAUAAAAACAAAGUGAUCAAUGUUAUACAUAUAUUUAAUGAAAUGUUAUUCAUUUUUAAAUAAUUUGUUUUUUCAGUAGUAAUUAGUUACUUAAAAAGUUAUGUUACUUGCUUUGGGCAUACAACUUAAUAUGUUUGCAUUCUCAUAGUGUCCUUAGCAGAUCAGGAUUAUUAAAUAUGUCAUUGAAUGAAAGUAUUUUGUGAAUGGCAAAUGCACAGUACAUUAUU